AUGAGUCUGCAGAGUAAGUCCACGCUCAAACCUGUGUCAUUUCCCGCUUGGUUAACGGCUGAAAAGGGUCCGGGAAGACAUCAGAAAGCGUACAAGGCUUUGUCACGUCUCCGAAACACCCCUCUUCAAGCUGCUCGAGAUCUGUACUACAUACAUGCGCAGUUGAUCCAGGAGGAUAUUCUGGUCGAGGAGUCCGCUGUCGCCACCCGCGGGAACUUCUUUAUCCGAUUCAUCGAACUUUUCACAAUCCCUCGUAUCCGACGCGCCACUCAGGCAUCUGGCAUCGUUAUGAUUGCACAGCAGAUGUGUGGGAUCAACAUCAUUGCGUUCUACUCGUCGACUGUGUUUGCAAACGCAGGAGCUAGCGUCACUGGGGCUCUCCUUGCUUCAUGGGGCUUUGGACUGGUCAACUUCGUCUUCGCCUGGCCUGCCGUAUGGACCAUCGACACCUUUGGGCGACGAGCUUUAUUGCUCUUCACCUUUCCAAACAUGUGCUGGACUCUAAUGGCAGCCGGAUUUUGUUUCUGGGUACCGGAAAGCAGUGAUGCUCACCUUGGCCUUAUCGCCUUGUUCAUUUUCCUCUUCGAUGCCUUCUACUCACCUGGUGAAGGCCCUGUUCCUUUCACCUACUCUGCCGAGGUCUUCCCAUUAUCCCAUCGUGAGGUGGGCAUGUCAUGGGCUGUGGCGACCAACAACUUCUGGGCUUCAGUUCUAUCUCUCACCUUUCCGCGUAUGCUUCAGGCCUUGAGCCCCCAGGGUGCAUUCGGGUUCUACGCCGGUCUGAAUGUCAUCGCGUUUAUCAUGAUCUUUCUGUGGCUACCCGAAACCAAACAACGUACUCUCGAAGAACUGGACUACGUAUUCGCCGUGCCGACGCGGACACAUAUGCAUUAUCAGACCUCCCAGGUACUGCCAUAUUGGUUCAAGACGACCUUUCGUCAGCGCAAGGGGCUCACUUCACCUCAACUUUACAAGUUCGACUCCGACGAGUACCAUGACGCCCAUGAGGCGCCUGAAGAGAAAUCUGCCUGA